CGACGGCUGUCAUUUUUUUUUCAUUUGUACCAACGGGCACGUUUCUCGGGAGCAAACCCAGGCGGGUGUAACUGUCCUACAGGCUCCGUCAGCAGGCGUCUUUAUCGGACGGUCUGUCCCGGUUGCGGUUGAACUUUGGCGGUGAAAGCGAGCGAAGACGGCUGUUUAUCAGAAGACGUUUGAUUAAUCCGACUCGGGGUUUUUUUGGUGCCUAUUUAAAGCCCGUUAAACUUAAAUACCCGUGCUGCGUGUCUCUCCACUGCAGAUAAUGUAAGAAAAAUACUGAAUUUAUAUUAUCUGCUGCGUGUUUGGACGACUUUGUGUCGCCUGGACAUCGAGGAGGAGGAAGAAGAAAAAACAUGUCAGUGAGUCAACAGCUGGAGUGGAAAACACACGACGGAUCUUGGUCAGCUCUCUCUUCAUAGCUGACGUAUGGGCUUUAUUCAUCCGUCCAUUCAUUCAGUAAUUGGAAAGAAUAAACCCACUGUACCGCCUCAUUUUUGACGCUGCUGCUGUAAGAGAGAUUGUCGAAGGAGGACAUCCUUCACCGGUCAACAAAUCCAGCGAUGGAGUCCCCCCACGCAAACCUCGGCUGUUAAUGGUUAACAGAUUAAUAAGGAGGCUGUUUUGGAAACGCAGAAGUUGAGAAGAGAGGAGGGAAGGAAGGAGGGGGAGAGAAGAAGAAGAAGAAGAAGAAGAAGAAGAGGGGAGAUAGAGGGAAGCGGAGCAGAGAAGAAGCUCUCCGGUUGCUGGUGGAUAACGCAGCUGCCUAACCCCGGGACUGAUACACGGAAAGGAGGGACGGAGAGGCGGUAUGUGGCAUCACAGUUACCCCACUGAGUGAGGGCAGUGUCGGGGACAACCGGUGGUCGUUAAACCUCCGGUGUGCGCGCGCGCGCGUGUGUGUAUGAGGAGGGUGGUGGUGGUGGUAAAAACCGGUUUUUGAUGCGCGAGAAAGUGACGUGCCGCCCUCCCACCUUCCCGCCCUUUGCCACGAGCCUCUUGUCAACUCAACGGACAAGGCAGCCAAGUACUUCAUUUUCCGCUCCACACUUCUAAAACCGCCACCUUUUGAAAUCUAUAUUUCUAUUUUCUAUGAAUUAUUUUUGAGUGCCUGUCUGUUGAACCCCCUCACUCUUGACUCCCCAAAUCUCGCGGGAUAUAAAGGAAAUAAAAAAGGGGUGAAUCUGAAAGAGAGGAGGAAAGAGAUUAAGACAAACAGGAGCCGCCUAUAUGAAGAUGCUGAUGUGUGACCGCGGCGUCCAGAUGCUCGUGACGACGGUGGGCGCGUUCGCCGCCUUCAGCCUCAUGACCAUCGCCGUCGGUACCGACUACUGGCUGUACUCGCGCGGGGUCUGCCGCGUGAAGAGCAGCGGCGACAACGACACGAGCCGCAAGAACGAGGAGGUGAUGACGCACUCCGGCCUCUGGCGAACCUGCUGUCUGGAAGGAACAUUCAGAGGUGUGUGUAAGAAGAUUGAUCACUUCCCAGAGGACGCGGACUAUGAAGCAGAUGCUGCUGAAUACCUCCUCCGUGCUGUGCGUGCCUCCAGUAUCUUCCCCAUCAUGAGCGUGGGUCUGCUGUUCCUGGGGGGGCUCUGUGUGGCCGCCAGUGAGUUUUACCGGAGCCGACACAACGUGAUCCUCAGUGCAGGAAUCUUCUUUGUCUCUGCAGGUCUCAGUAACAUCAUAGGAAUUAUUGUCUAUAUCUCAGCCAACUCGGGUGACCCGGGCCAGAGCGACAGCAAAAAGUCCUACUCCUACGGCUGGUCCUUCUACUUUGGCGCCCUCUCCUUCAUCAUGGCAGAAAUGGUGGGCGUGCUGGCCGUCCACAUGUUCAUCGAGAAGCACCGCAAGCUACGGGCCAAGUCCCGCACCGAGCUCAUCAAGAAGUCCGCCUUCAGCCGCAUCCCCUCCUAUCGCUACCGUUUCCGGCGUCGCUCCAGUGUGCGCUCCUCCGAAGCCCCGAGCCGCGACGCCUCACCAUUGGGGAAAGGCGGCUACACAGGGCCCGCCGCCUCCGAGAUGCCCAUGUACACGCUGAACCCACGCGAGGCAGGGAACGCCGGCACCAAACCUGGCAUGGGCGGGCUGCUCAACUCAGAGAGGGAGUUCCUCCAGAGCAGCACGCUCACUAAAGACUACAGCAAGGACCCCAACCGCAGGACCACGCCUGUCUGAGAGGUGCUGGCUGCUGAUAUCACCCAAUCAGAAUCAAUAGAGAAAGAUGAUGAGAAAUACAGGGGGAGUGCGAGCAAAAGCAGAGGGACACACAGGGUUACAGGGGUGGGAACGGGGUUUGAUAAACUUUGACUGUGAACUGUGAACUUUUAGCCUUUGAACUGUGAAUCCUGAGCCCUGUGAGAGUUUCAGUGUGUGUAGCAGGGUCGCUUUUGAUGGAGAAGUUGUUCCCAACUCCACUUUACCACAUAUCACUGUAGUUGUACCUGUAACUCCUUACAUAUGAAGGCACAUUCAAUUUAUGUUCAUGAGUGUUAUGUUCAUAAAUUGACUUUAUGGCUUUUUUCGAGGGGGACACGGGAAAUUCUAAAAGCAUAUCGUAAGUGGUUUGCUGUUUGGGGCAACUUCUCCGAGAGAAAAAAAAAAAGAAAAUAAUGUGAACUAAAGGAGAAGAGGA